UAUCCAUUGGGAGAGCUUUCCUAUCAGGGUUUCGUCAGGCCCGUUUCCAUAUCUGAGGUUGCCAAUCCCGUAUCGCAAGCGGGCAAACUGCCCCAACAAGUUGGCGAAAGGCAGGAGCAAGCCAGGCUUGGCUGACCUACCUGGAAGGAGCGUCGUUGUUGUUGGAGGAGGCUCCCAGGUGCACAGACAGGAGUGGGGGACUCACGCACCCAUCAUGCUGGGCUUUUGAGACCCAUCGCUGCCUGCUGCUGCAGGAGCAUGAACCUGGGACACCUUGGCAAGGACCGCCGGGGCCCUUUUUGCACACCAGGAUUGGCACCAAAUCCCCUUACCUUCCUCCUCCAUGGCGCUCACCUGGAGGCCUUGAAGAUACCUGGGAGCUGCAGGUCGCUCUUUAGUGUGGACGCUUCUCUUUGGACCGGCUCCUCUCCAUCGUCCUGAUGGCUUUCCAGCCCUGCCCAGUGGUCAUUCAGCCCGUGGCGGUCAGCCGGUGCCAGAUCUCGCCUUACCGGGAUUGGAAGACGGGCCUCCUGGACUGCAGCGCUGACCAGACCAUCUGUGCCUGCGGCCUCUUCGUCCCCUGCAUCCUGGCUUGCAAGGUGGCCGUCGAGUACGGCGAGUGCUGCUGCGUGCCCUUCCUGCCGGGGGCCCUCGUGGCCAUGCGGACGGGCCUCCGGGAGCAGCUGCGCAUCACGGGCUGUGUUUGCUGCGACUGGGUGGCGUUCUGCUGCUGCUGCCCUUGCGCCCUUUGCCAAAUGGCCAGGGAGCUGAAGAGCCCUUGCUAGCCCCCUCCACCCACGCCGGACCCUCCAUUCCCCCCCUUGCAACGGGCAAAUGGACCCCAAGGACAGACUGACCCAUAGCUAGGGUCAACUUCCACCCAAAG